AUGUCAACAAUAACAUCAUCAAUUCCAUGUGGUUGUCCAAUUAAAUCUACUUUAAAAAUCAUCAAUGGACAAUCAUCUAAUCAAGGUGCAUGGCCAUGGAUGGUUAGUUAUGGUCCUAAACGUAUUCAUAUAUGUGGAGGUACACUUAUUGCUCCAGAAUAUAUCAUAACAGCAGCACAUUGUCUUUAUUCAAAUGAUAAAAAUAAUCCAAUUGAUAUUGCAAAUAUUGAAAUACGUAUUGGUAUAACUAAUUUAAAUGAUGUUACUUAUGAAAAUCUAUUCUCUAUUCGAAAAGCUACUUUACAUAAUGAUUUCAAUCCUAAUACUUAUAAAAAUGACAUUGCAUUAAUACGAUUAGAUCGAUCAGUUAUACAAUCAGAUACUAUACAAAUGUUAUGUCUUCCUCAUUUUACAUCAUAUAUAUAUCCACAAGUGAAUACAACAGUUAUUGCUAUUGGUUGGGGUCAUACAAUUGAUCCAUUAAUAAAUCCAAAUUCACAAAUAUCAAUACAACUUCAACAAACAUAUCUUCCUAUAUUACCAAUAAUUAAAUAUGAAAAUAAUACAAAUUUAUGUUAUAAUCAAGAAAUUGAUUCACCUGAUCAACAAUUUUGUGCUGGUUAUGAAAAUGGUUUAUCUGAUACAUGUCAAGCUGAUAGUGGAUCACCAUUAAUGUUCUUUAAUGAACAACAUUGGGAACUUGUUGGUAUUGUUAGUUAUGGUAUAGGUUGUGCACAAAAAAUGUUACCUGGAGUUUAUACGCGUGUAUCAGCUUAUCUCGAUUGGAUUCAUGAUCGAAUUCGAUAUUAA